AAAUAAUUGAGGAUUUAUGAUUUUCGUCCAUUAUACUUCCUUUAUGAUAGGCAUCUACGCUCGCUUCAGCUGAAUCUAGUCCGUGAAGAGAACCCCUAAACCCUAGAAUGGAAGUAGAAACCUCGAGUUCUUCGACGGCAAGCCUCGUUGACAAAGCCGUUGUUCCUGGUGACAUUGUUUUGGACCUUACGAGCAUGUCUGAUCAGACAAUCAGGCUGGGAGCGGGGUUGCGCCAGUACUCUGACGUGCUAUCAGUGGUGAAGGCUGGGAAGCUUAAGUUCAAAAAGCCAAACAAGUACUGGGUAGAAAGCUCGCAAAAGAGAUAUGCUCCCUCUGUAGAAGAUACAGUUCUUGGUAUUGUUGUAGAUGCCAGAGCAGAUAACUUUCUAGUAGACAUAAAAGGCCCUACAUUAGCUUUUUUGCCUGUACUUGCAUUUGAAGGAGGGACACGGAGAAAUAUACCAAAAUUUGAGAUAGGCACCUUGCUCUAUGUUCGUGUUGUUAAAGCUAACUCCUGUAUGAAUCCGGAGUUAUCAUGCACUGAUGCUAGUGGGAAAGCUGCAGAAUUUGGUUCUCUGAAAGAGGGGUAUAUGUUUGACACAUCAACAGGAUUGGCAAGGAUGCUAUUAAGCUCUCCAACAUGUCCUAUUCUUGAAGCCCUUGGAAGGAAGCUUUCUUAUGAGAUAGCCGUUGGAUUGAAUGGCCGCGUAUGGGUGAAUGCAUCCUCUCCAUCUACUGUGAUUCUUGUAUCAAAUGCAAUAAUGAGAUCUGAAUUUUUGAGUGAUGUGCAGCAAAAAAUUUUAGUGGAGAAAUUGAUGCAGAGAGUGCAAGGAUGACAAAUCUGUAGAAUCGAUAGACUAUUAAGGAUGACAAAUCUGUAGAAUCGAUAGACUAUUCUCCUGGAACGGUUUCUGCCUUUUUCCAUGUCUUUAUUUUCUAACAUUUUUUUAGAUGUUUAAGGGAAAACAACGUCGAGAAUAAUUUUCUUUGUUUUUAACUGUACUUUGUACGAACUGUUGUUCAGUGCAGCAGAAUAGUUUUCAAUUAUUUUAAGCAAUUAUAGAUUUCAAAAAUUGCUUUUCUGGAUGUAUACUUUUAUUAUA